UAAACAGUCUGGGCGCCAUUCACGCCGCCGAAAGAGUCCUCUCGUGGACUGAAGCCAGGCCUUGCACUUGCAACCGCCUCGCGUUACGUCGCAAUAUAUACAGAGCAUCCGCGUCCCUGCCCUCUCACUCCGGCCUCCCCUGCACUAACAGAACGCCCCCCCGGAUCCAUAUAUCCAUGGCGGGCGCGAGGUCGAGUGGCGUGAGAUCCAUGGCUGCUAAUUCCCUGCCGCUCGCCGCCCUCCUGAUCUGCACGCUGCUGUUCCUCGACCCCGCCGCCGCCGCCGGCGAGGCGCGGUCGUCCUACGUGGUGUACCUCGGCGACCACGCGCACGGGUCCCGGCUGGGCGGCCUCGACGCCGCCGACCUGGCCGCGCUCGAGGAGAAGGCCGCCGGCUCGCACCACGACCUCCUCGCCACCAUCCUCGGAGACAAGGAUAAGGCGCGGGAGGCCAUCUUCUACUCCUACACCAAGCACAUCAACGGCUUCGCCGCCAAUCUCAACGCCGCCGAAGCCGCCCAGCUCGCGAGGCUGCCGGAGGUGGUGUCGGUGUUCCCGAACAGGGCGCAGCAGCAGCUGCACACGACGCGGUCGUGGCAGUUCCUGGGGCUCUCCGGCCCCGACGGCGUCUCCCGCGGCGCGUCCUGGCGGAAGGCCAAGUUCGGCGAGGGCAUCAUCAUCGGCAACAUUGACACCGGUGUGUGGCCGGAAUCGGAGAGCUUCCGGGAUCAUGGGCUGGGAUCGGUCCCGAAGAACUGGAAAGGAACAUGCGAGAAAGGCCAAGACGAUAAGUUCCACUGCAACGGGAAGCUGAUCGGCGCGCGCUUCUUCAACAAGGGGUACGCGUCGGGCGUGGGCGCCCCGUCAGACGACCCGACCUUCAACUCACCGCGGGACAACGGCGGCCACGGCACGCACACGCUCUCCACGGCGGCCGGCGCGCCCUCCCCCGGCGCGAGCGUGUUCGGGCUGGGCAACGGCACGGCCACGGGGGGUUCCCCGCGGGCGCGCGUGGCGGGGUACCGCGUGUGCUUCAAGCCCGUGAACGGCAGCUCCUGCUUCGAGGCCGACAUCCUGGCCGCCUUCGACGCCGCCAUCCACGACGGCGUGCACGUGCUCUCCGUCUCCCUCGGCGGCGUCGGCGACCGCUACGACUACUUCGAGGACUCCAUCGCCAUCGGCUCGUUCCACGCCGUCCGGCACGGGAUCACCGUCGUGUGCUCCGCGGGCAACUCGGGGCCCAAGCCGAGCAAGAUCUCCAACGUCGCGCCAUGGAUGUUCACCGUCGGAGCUAGCACCAUGGACCGCAAGUUCUCGUCCGACGUCGUCUUCAACGGCACCAAAAUCAAGGGGGAGAGCCUUUCGUCCAACACGUUGAACCAGAAGACACCUUACCCCAUGAUCGACUCCACGCAAGCUGCCGCUCCCGGAAGAUCAGAAGACGAGGCGCAGCUAUGCUUGAAGGGGUCGCUGGACCCGAAGAAGGUUCACGGGAAGAUCGUGGUGUGCCUGCGAGGGGACAACGCGCGUGUGGCCAAGGGCGAGGUGGUGCACGAGGCCGGCGGCGCCGGGAUGGUGCUCGCCAACGACGCCAGCUCCGGCAACGAGAUCAUCUCCGACCCGCACGUGCUCCCGGCCACCCACGUCGGCUUCCACGACGGCCUCCUCCUCUUCUCCUACCUCAAGAUCGACAAGGCUCCGGUGGGCAUGAUUGAGAAGCCGACGACGAGCGUGUACACGAAGCCGGCGCCAUACAUGGCAGCCUUCUCGUCGCAGGGCCCGAGCCCGGUGAACCCAGAAAUCCUGAAGCCGGACAUCACGGCGCCGGGGGUCGGGGUGAUCGCGGCCUGGACGCGCGCGACGUCCCCCACGGAGCUGGACAAUGACAAGCGCCGGGUGGCCUACAACGCCAUCUCCGGCACGUCCAUGUCGUGCCCGCACGUGGCGGGCAUCGCGGGGCUCAUCAAGGCGCUCCACCCGGACUGGAGCCCGGCGGCCGUCCGGUCGGCGCUCAUGACCACGGCCAUCGAGGUGGACAACAAGGGGCAGCAGAUCCUCAACUCGUCCUUCGCCGCGGCCGGGCCAUUCGAGCGCGGCGCCGGCCACGUCUGGCCCAGCCGGUCAUUCAACCCGGCACUCGUCUACGACCUCAGCCCUGACCACUACCUCGAGUUCCUCUGCGCGCUCAAGUACAAUGCCAGCUCCAUGGCGUUGUUCAGCGGUGGCGGCAAGGCGGCGUACAAGUGCCCGGAGAGCCCGCCCAAGCUCCAGGACCUGAAUUACCCGUCCAUCACCGUGCUGAACCUGACCUCGUCUGGGACGACGGUGAAGCGCACGGUGAAGAACGUCGGGUGGCCAGGGAAGUUCAAGGCGGCCGUCCGUGACCCGCCCGGCGUGCGCGUGUCGGUGAGGCCCGACGUGCUGCUGUUUGCCAAGAAGGGGGAGGAGAAGACGUUCGAGGUCAAGUUUGAGGUAAAGAACGCCAAGCUGGCCAAGGACUACUCGUUCGGGCAGCUUGUGUGGAGCAACGGGAAGCAGUUCGUCAAGAGCCCCAUCGUUGUCCAGACCAAGGCGGCAUGAACGAAGAACAAGUUGAUAGGUAGAUUAUUCGAGCCCAUCUUAUUAGGGUUUUGGUAAUUAGUUUAGGAAUCUAUCACUAGCAUAUUGUAGGGAGAAACAGACACGAUUGGAUGGAUGGAUCGAUCGGUCGUCUUAGAACCUUGGAAGAAUAAUUAAGUGAGGAUGGAGGGCUAAUAAAAUUGGUCAGUUUUCUUUUGCAA